UCUUAUUAUUGACAACGGCCAUGUUUUCCGAAUCAAACACGAGAACAUAACAUUCAAUAAGCAAGAGAGUACCUUUAGUGACAGGCUACUAUAUUAAUUGGAAUUGUUACAGAAAUUCCAGGGCUUGGGGCUCGUAUAGCUCCUAAAAAUGGGUAGUACUUAAAUUAUACUGGAGCUAUGAUCACAUUCUACUUUUAGAAUGGACACACUAACCGUUUUAACAUACUGCUUGGGAGCCAUAAAGAGAGGUGAUGGAAAAGGUUGGUGGAAAGGAAACUAGGGCUCUCAGCAUCUCGAAAACCAACCACAACGACAGGACUCGCCCACCCUCUCCGAGAGCGCACAGCCUUGGACGCCGACAUCGGGACCGCGCGUUCCAAGCGGAGCACAGGGGGCGCGCACGCCUGCGCUGAGGCCUCGCUCGAGUUCCAGGCUGGAAGGUUGUGCGUUUGAGUGUCUAUGGCAACGCCACGCUGCCGCCUUCUGGAAGCCUUGGCUCCGGCUCCAGUAGUGUGAGACCCGUCCCGGUGGGAGGGACCUGGGCUGGGGAGGACGGAUGGGGGUGCAAGGGGGGUGGCGGCUGGGGAAGGUGCUGGGAACAUUUGCCCUAGAGUUUAAGCUAAACUAAGAAAAAACGGUCCAAGGCUCAGAACAAAAAGAUCUUUUCAUUCCAGUUCUUUCGCCCACGCAGGGAACGAUGCCUCUGGAGGUGGUGGUGGAGCUGCAGAUCCGGGCGAUUUCUUGCCCUGGGGUGUUCCUUCCUGGCAAGCAGGAUGUGUACCUUGCUGUUUACCUCCUGAAUCAAUACCUGGAGACAGACUGUUUUCCCUCUGUGUUCCCUAUUAUGAUUCAGCAGAACAUGAGGUUUGAAAAGGUGUUUGAAAACGCAAUAGAUCCUGGAGCUGUAGCAGACAUUUUAGAAAGCUUCCUAACCAGGUUUGAAUUAAUACAGCAAGUGCCUCCAGGGUGGGCAGAGUUGGCCUACUAUGAAGAAAACACACGGGAUUUUCUUUUCCCUGAGCCCAAGCUGACACCUUCACACCCUGGGAUGUGUAGGGAGGUGCUCAUGAAGACGGUUGCAGGUUUUCCGGGCAUUGCUCCCAAAAUAGAGUUUUCUACAAGGACAGCCAUCAGAGAAUGUGUGUUUCUGCAUAGAAACAGAUGUCUGGAAGAAAAAUAUAAGUCACGAAGGUCUUUAUCUAAUUCAUGGAGACCACCGCUCCCCUUGGAUGAUAUAAAGGUGGAGGCAAAGGAGGGCAAUCUCGACAAACCGCCUCGAGGCAUGCAAUCCCAGGCAUCCUCUCCGUAUGCCACCCGGCGUUUCUGCCAGGAUCAGCCAGCUCAACUGAACUUUGGAAAUGAUUUCAAAAUCUCUAGACAAAGCAAACCUCCAUUUGUGGUUAGACAUGUGGACAGCGCAAAGCCCUUUGGUGAGGAUGUUUCAGAGCAUCAUUCCCGGAAGUCUAGAAGAAAGUCUAAGUUUUCAAACUUUCCGUUUCCAAUGAGAAGAGCUUCUUCUUUUGACAGCCUUGCAGCUAACAUAAAGGUUGUCAAAGAGCCAGAUGAACGGAUUGUUUUAAGGAAUGAGUCACCAUCACCCUUAGAUUCGAGUAAGUUUGGAAAGCCCUCGCCCAGUUACAGUGACCAAGGGGAUGCCGAUUGCCGUCGGGAAACUUCAUUUGCCGCCUCCCAGCACUGCAGGUCUCCCAGCCCUCUUCUGGAUCAGCCCCUUCUCCGAGAAAGGUUCCAUCCUAGUUCUCAGUCCACGUGGAAGAAGAUCCAUGAAAGGGUAUGCAGUCUUCUAACAUCCCACAGAGCUCAGCAGCACCUAGACAAGGAAGAUUCUUUCUCUAAAGUAAAUUGUAUCCUUGAAAGACCCAGCUACCAUCUGAAGAAAUACCCAGUGCAUGAAAAGAGAUAUUUUUGAGCUGCUGUCUUAUGGUAAACUGAAUGAAAGCUGGAGGAGCAUCAUGAAGAACUCCCUCAUCGAGUCAACUGACACAUCCUUAGAGAGAAGGACAACAAUUUUUAUGUGUAAUGAGUCACCGGGUAUCUAAUCCCCUUUAAAUAAAACCCUGUACCUCAGUCUUUUGUAUUCAGGUAAGAGUCAUUGAUUAAAGCGUUUGCUGCUUGGGGCUCAUAUUUUCUUGUCAAGCUGGAAAAUUUGUGUUCUGGUUUGUUUGUGUGUUUGUUUUGACCUUGAAAUAGAAAAUACCAAUAGUUGAGUGGUAGAUGCUUUUUCAUUUGGAAGCCACUUAGAAUUCUAAUGAAAAUAUCAAGAUGGCUUUUCAAGUGUUCCUCAUUUUGGGCAGUGGAUGUGUUCUUGAAAAGUUCUUUUUUCUCCUCCCUCCCCUCCCCCUCCCCCCUCAAUCUCUCUUUCUUUCUAAAUCAAUUUACAUUUUACAUGAUCUAGAGGAAGCUGCUAUUUAGAGGAAUAACCCGGUAAAUCCUUCACGAAAAGACUGUCAACGUGAUUUUCUUUUUUUGGUAAAUCUAUUUUCUGUUAUUUGUUUGUUUUUUAGUGUUAGACUUGAUUUACAUGAAGUCCACUGAAAAUCUAGAAAGACAGUAUAACAUCUGGAGAAUUCAGAUCUUGCUCUAAAGGUUCAAUUUCUAUGAUGCGUUUGUAGGAGGAGGCUGAUUUCUUUGGACUGUAGUUUAAACUCCUCCUUGUGUCACCUAGCCCUCCUUUUUUUCCUUUUUAUUUAGAAUUUAUAAAUUCUUAAUAAAUUUAUAUGAGGAACAAAACCUUCCUCAAAUAUUUCUCUGAAAGAACUGUUUUAAGUAAAUAGGCUCUUCGAAUAUGGCUGUUGAAAACUGGAUUUAAAAUUAGUUAGAAGGGUGC